AUUAGACAAAACCACAACAGCCUUCCUUAUCAAACUCUCUGUUUUCAUUAUCACAUCUUUCUUUUCCUUCAAUUCCCACCAUUUAAAUUCCCACUCUUAUUGUUCAUAGCUUUUCAAAAAAGAUAAAAAUAAAUCUUUGAAGAUUCAUUUUAUAUCUUUCAACAAGCAUGAUCCAGAUCCGACGGCUGAGAUCUCUCUUCAACAAUUCUCUUACUUGGAGCUUCUUCUUCAAUAGGAGAUUUUCUUCUCAACCUGCAAGGCUCGAUGGGAAGAUAGCACUGAUUACAGGAGCAGCAAGUGGAAUUGGGAAGGCAACUGCUGAAAAAUUUAUAAGUAAUGGAGCCAAAGUAGUAAUAGCUGACAUCAAAGAAAAACUUGGCCAAGACACUGCCAAACAAUUAGGACCAAAUGCAACUUUCAUCCAUUGUGAUGUUACCAAAGAGUCCAACAUCUCUGAUGCUGUUGAUUUCACUAUCUCUCUUCACAAAAAACUUGACAUUAUGUACAACAAUGCUGGUAUUGCUUGCAACACUCCUCCAAGCAUCUCGGACCUCGACCUCGCUGUCUUCGAUAAAGUCAUGAACGUCAACGUCCGUGGCGUAUUGGCCGGUGUCAAACAUGCUUCUCGUGUCAUGAUCCCUCAACGAUCAGGGUCAAUUCUUUGCACGGCUAGUGUUACAGGUCUCAUGGGAGGAUUGGCUCAGCAUACAUACUCGGUGUCGAAGGUUGCAGUUAUAGGCAUUGUCAAGUCGUUGGCGUCAGAGUUGUGUAGGUAUGGUAUUCGAGUGAAUUGCAUAUCACCAUUUCCAAUCCCGACACCGUUUGUUAUUGAGGAAAUGGUACAGCUUUUUCCUCGCGUUGAAGAGGCAAAACUUGAGAAGAUGAUAUUCGAUUUGAGUGCUUUGGAAGGGACAGUUUGUGAAACUAAUGAUAUUGCUAAUGCGGCUCUUUUUCUUGCAUCUGAUGAUGCUAAGUACGUAAGUGGGCAUAAUUUGGUGGUUGAUGGAGCCUUUACUUGUUUCAAGAGUUUGAACUUUCCCCUGCCUGAUCAAAAUACAAUCCAUGGGGAAUCUUGAAAAACUUGUUGUUUUGGUCAUUUGUUGUAUGAUUUAUACAACAAAAAUGUUUAAUUAUAUUCAACACCGAAUAAAUGACAUUUAUACUGAGUAUAUGAGA